AUGGAUUUACAAGAUAAGCAUACAGCUUUUGGUAUAUGUGAAGAAAAUUUACAAUUAAAUGAAUUUUCACCAAAUAUUAGUUAUAAACCUGAUCCAUGUCGACCAAUCAAAGGACAAAUAACACCAGAAGAAUGGCAUGCUUUUUCGAAAUAUAACAAAGAUCGUGCAGAAAAAGAAAUGUAUGAAUCCGUACGUCUUCGUGAAAGUAUAUUUCAUACAAUGGGUCAAUCAGCUGCUGAUCUUGAAUCACAAGGAAAAACAAGUGAAUAUGCAUUACGAAAACGUCUUCACGAACUUGAACGAGCACUCAAAGAACUUGAAUGGCAAAAGAAACAAACGGAGGAAGAAAUCCUUAGUAAUGAAAAUGAUAUUGAUCGUUUAGAAAAAGCGAUUCGAGAUAAAGAACCAUUAAUUAAAUUAGCAAUGACACGACAAGAAAAUCGUCAUAAUAGACCUGGAAUGGAUUUAGUUCGUGAUGAAGUUUCAUAUGGAUUAUGUGAUGAAAUUCAACAAUUAAAAGCUGAAAAACGUGCCUUAGAAGAUCAAUUAAAACAAACAAAACAUGCAUGGAAUAUUCUUCAACAACAAUUACAUAGAAUUGAAGAUGAAAUAGCUGUUAAAUCAAAUUCAAUAAUGCUUGAAAAACGAGCAUUAGAAACUCGACGUCGUCUUAAUACAGAAAUAACACCAAAUACAGAAACUGAUCGUAAUCGACAAUUACUUAACAUGGAUUCAAGUGGCCUUCGUCCAAUUCUUCAAUCAAUCUAUUAA